AUGUCUCUCUCUGGCCUUGUGGUUGUGGUCGUCGGUGCCUCUAAAGGCAUCGGAAAGGAGAUUGCCCUGCGAGCCGGUGCUGAUGGAGCCAAGGUAGUCAUCAACUACAUGUCGGACACCAAGGCCGCGACCGCAAUCGUCGCGCAGCUUGGGCAUGAACGUGCCAUUGCAGUGCAGGCUGACGUUUCGAACUCCACCGAGGUGGACGGCUUGAUUCAAGUCACUGUCGCCAAAUUCGGAAGGAUUGAUAUCCUCAUCCCCAACGCCGCGUAUGUUCCCGAAAAAGAUCUACGGAACGUGACAGAGGAGGACUUCGACCGGGCUUUUGCUGUCAACGUCAAGGGCCCUUGCUUUUUAGCAAAGGUGGGCAGUCCCAAAUCCUUUAGAUUCGCUUCCCGAAACACUUUUUCGGGAAGCGUGUUGUGGCAGUUGCCCUUUGAAUCAGAAAUUAUGUUGACAACGUUCCAGAAAGCACUUCCGCACAUGACUCCCGGAAGUAAGAUCAUUUUCAUUUCGACGGACAUGACAGAUGCUUCUGUUAUACAGCCUCAGUUCCUUCUAUAUGUGUCCACCAAAGGAGCAAUGAACCAGAUGGUUAAAGUUUUAGCACGGGACCUCGCCAGCAGUGGAAUUCGUGUCAAUGCGAUCUCCCCAGGGGCGACAAGUACAGACUCCUUUCAUCGAGUGGUGGACGAGAGUAAAGAACGGAUCCUUGCGAGUCACAACCCGUUCAACCGUAUUGCACAUGCAGAAGAGAUCGCCGCAGGGGUCAGUCUCCUCUGGGGGAAGGACAGCGACUGGAUCUCCGGGCAGGUUCUGAAGGUUAACGGAGGUAGUAUCGUGUGA